GCAGUGUCGUUAAAUAAAAUCUGGUCACACUGCUUCUUGUACUUUUAUAUAGUCUUUGCCUUUUUGUGGGUAAGGUUAUAUAGUUUCAAAUUAUACAAUUAAAAUUAUUGUUUAAUACGAUUUAAAAAUAAUAAUAAUAGUAAACACAUUUUGAAAUGUCAUAUUUAUUACGAUCACUUGCAUUACCACCAAAAAAUAUUAUUACAAGGUGUUACAAUAAAAUUGUCAUAACCGAUGAUGGGUCUACAAUAGUUGCUCUUCAUCGGGAACAAGAAUUUCCUUACGAAUUUUCAAAACCUCUACCAGAAGAAACAACAAGUGACAAUGGAGUAUUAAGAAUGAACGAUAUCAACGAGGUUAAGAGAGUGUUCAAAGAUAUAAAGCCUGAAAUAGCAAGACAGCAGUUGGCUUCCUUAACUCUUACAACAACACAUCGCUGGUUCCCCAGAGCGAGAGACAAAAAAGCGAAGGAGGGUGAAAUGAACCGACCUUACUUGUAAAUUAAUGUUAAAUAUGUAGAAUUUUAGGAAAUAUAUAAUUAUAGAUAGUUAA